AUGUUCACCGGGCUGACCCCCUUCUACGCCUCCAACUUCAGCCUCUGGUCAACCGCUUAUUACUCUUCGGCCGGCCCGGGCGGCUGCUCCUUUCCCCUGGACCCUGCCGCCAAGAAGCCCUCCUUCUGCAUCGCAGACAUCCUGCACGCCGGCGUCGCGGAGCCCGGGGCCACCGCAGAGGGCCUAGCGGGAGCCUCGGCCGCCGCGCUCACUGCACACUUGGGCUUGGUUCACCCGCAUGCCUCGUUCCAAGCUGCGGCCAGGUCCCCGCUCAGACCCACCCCAGUUGUGGCGCCUUCCGAAGUCCCGGCCGGCUUCCCGCAGCGACUGUCCCCUCUCUCGGCUGCCUACCACCACCAUCACUCCCAACAACAGCAGCAACAACCAGCGCAACAGCCACAGCCUCCCCAGCAACCGCCUCCCCCGCAGGCCCGGCCCGGUGCCCUGCAGCCCCCGGCCUCGGGGCCGCGAGUGGUCCCUCCGAACCCCCACCACAGCGGUCCAGCCCCGGCCCCCUCCAGCAAGGACCUCAAAUUUGGAAUUGACCGCAUUUUGUCUGCUGAAUUUGACCCAAAAGUCAAGGAAGGCAAUACGCUAAGAGAUCUCACCUCCCUGCUGACCAGCGGGCGGCCAGCGGGGAUGCACCUCCCAGGCCUGCAACCCUCCACAGGCCAGUUCUUUGCAUCUCUUGAUCCCAUCAAUGAGGCUUCUGCCAUCCUGAGCCCCUUAAGCUCAAACACAAGAAGUUCGGUUCAGCAUCAAUUUCAAGACACGUUUCCAGGCCCCUAUGCUGUUCUCACAAAGGACACUAUGCCGCAGACUUACAAGAGGAAGCGCUCAUGGUCACGCGCUGUCUUCUCUAACCUGCAGAGGAAAGGCCUGGAGAAAAGAUUUGAGAUCCAGAAGUAUGUGACCAAGCCUGACCGGAAGCAGCUGGCAGCCAUGCUGGGCCUUACUGAUGCUCAGGUGAAGGUGUGGUUCCAGAACAGACGAAUGAAGUGGAGACACUCCAAGGAGGCCCAGGCCCAGAAGGAUAAGGACAAAGAGGCAACUGAGAAGCCACCAAUGGGACCCCCAGCUUUCGAACGGGAUGAGCGGAGCCCCAGCCGCUCAGAGGGCGAGGCUGAGAGCGAGAGCAGCGACUCCGAGUCCCUGGACAUGGCCCCCAGCGAUACAGAACGGACUGAAGGCCCCGAUCGGGCCUUACACCAAACCACGGUCAUCAAGGCCUCAGCCACGGGCACGUUGGUCACUGCCAGCAGCUGUGGGAGCGGCGGGAACAGCAGCGGUUGUAGCAGUUUUAGCUUUAGCAGCUCCAGCAACCUCAGCAGCAGCACCAGCGCCAGCAGCUCCAGCAGCCUCAGCGAGCAGUCCACCCACAGCAACGCUGCUCCCCCAAGCCCAGAGCCUGCGCCGGCGGCGCCUCCGCUCAGCAGCCUAUAG